AUGAACAAAUUUAGCAUUUCUGCCCAAGGAUUACAUGAAAAACAUUUGAUGAUAGAGUUCAAAACUCUCUUAUACUUUUGCCUUUUAAAUCUAAGAAAUACAUUUCCAAAUGUCUCAACUUGUAAGACAUCAAAAUUUGACUUCUGCCAAUCUCUGUACAAGGUCUCAAGAACAAGAGCAACUGUCUUAAAUAAAUUAAUUAUUAACAGUAAUAAAAGUGUCCAUGUAAUCAUUACAUUUUGUUUGCAUCAUCAGCAAUUGCACAAUUACAGGAAUUGUGCAGACAUAAAAACAAUAUAUCUAAAAUAUAUUUUCAUGAAAUGA